ACCAUGCCACCAACCCCAAAAGCAGAAAAAUUUGUUAAAUUGUACCUUUUUCCUGUUCGCAUAUUAAUCGAAGAAUCUUCGCUAAAGACAAAGCAAAAAGAGGUAGAUUCUUUGGCCAUUCAGCUGACAGAGUAUAAGGCUGAGGCUUCAGUUUCAGCGGUCUUACACGUCAUUGAAGAUGCCGUUCAAUUUUCUCCUUACUCAGAACUGAUUCAACUUUAAGACGGUUCACUGGGUGAUACAAGGAUUGACCUUCACGAGGAAACAUGAAGACUCUGUAGCAGAAAAGAUGCUUAAGCAAUACAAAGUUUUGUCAGAUGCUGUGAAUAAUAAUUUAUUCAAUACCAGGUGCAACUUACACUGAAGAAAUGGGUUAUGCAAUGAGUAGGCUGGAUAUAGAAUCUAACCUUUGUGAUAGUGGAAAUACCGUCCAUGAAGGCUGUAGUAGUCGACAGACUAACAAACCAAUGAAAAUUGUAGACAACGAAAUUGCGCAGAUUACAAAGUUGAAGUCAACACCCCAUCAUCUGCUAAGCCGAGUUGGAGCCGGAAGGCCUCAGUUGCCUGUUUCACCUGUCAAAAUGUUGGCAGGUCGGGAAUCUAAUUACUCAGGCUCGGGAAGGUUUUCAUCAGCCGAUUGUUGUCAUAUCUUGAGCAGGUAUUUGCCAGUCAAUGGUCCCUGGCUUAUAGAUCAAAUGGCAACUCGAGCAUAUGUGUCUCAGUUUUCAGCUGAUGGCUCCCUAUGUGUUGCUGGAUUUCAGGGAAGCCACAUAAGAAUAUACAAUGUGGACAAAGGUUGGAAAGUUCAGAAGAAUAUCCUGGCCAAAAGUUUGAGAUGGACAAUCACUGAUACCUCUCUUUCCCCUGAUCAACGCUAUCUUGUUUAUGCUAGCAUGUCUCCUAUUGUGUACAUUGUAAAUGUUGGGUCUGCUGAGACAGACUCCCUGGCAAAUGUUACGGAGAUUCAUGAAGGUUUGGAUUUUUCUUCAGAUGAUGAUGGAGGUUACUCUUUUGGAAUCUUCUCCGUGAAGUUUUCAACUGAUGGGAGAGAGUUAGUUGCUGGAACUAGUGGUGAUUCUAUUUAUGUAUAUGACCUUGAAGCAAAUAAGCUGUCUCUACGAACUUUAGCACACGGGUCUGAUGUCAACACAGUAUGUUUUGCUGAUGAAACGAGCCACCUUAUUUACUCCGGAAGUGAUGACUCUUUCUGUAAGGUAUGGGAUAGACGUUGCUUAAAUAAUAAAGACAAGCCAGCAGGAGUUCUGAUGGGACACCUUGAGGGAAUUACAUAUAUUGAUAGUCGCGGUGAUGGACGCUAUUUCAUUUCAAAUGGCAAAGAUCAGACCAUCAAACUGUGGGACAUUCGCAAAAUGUCAUCUAAUGUUAAGUGCAAUCCUGGGUAUAGGAGUUACGAAUGGGAUUACAGAUGGAUGGAUUACCCACCUCAGGCAAAAGAUUUGAAGCACCCAUAUGAUCAGUCAGUGGCAACAUAUAGAGGUCAUUCUGUUUUGCGUACUCUUAUCCGCUGCUAUUUCUCCCCAGCAUUUAGCACUGGCCAAAAGUACAUCUAUACUGGAUCACACAAUGCGUGUGUUUAUAUAUAUGAUCUGUUGAGUGGAGCGCAAGUUGCAGCACUGAAGCACCACAAAUCUCCAGUAAGGGAUUGUAGCUGGCAUCCUUACCAAACUACGCUGGUUAGCUCCUCAUGGGAUGGCGAUGUUGUGAAAUGGGGGUUUCCUGGGAGCAGUGAAGUUCCAGCCCCUUCCACUAAGAUGAGAAUCUGGAGAACACGCUUUUUUGAAGAUUAAAACAGCGUCUCUCGCUAAUCAAAGUUUGUGCUUCGUGCUUGACAUGUCAUGAAGUUUCAUAUGAACUUUAUGUUCCAAAUUUCACCGUGUAUAAAUAAUCACGCAAAUAAGUUGAGUUCAUUUACGUGCCCAUCACAUCCCCUGUUCUGUAAAUCUGCCUCAUUAUGCUUUUUAACUCUUCAGCCCAAGCUUCUGCUUGUGUGCUAAUAAUUAUUGUGUACAUAUUUCAAAAGAUCAAACAUAAUGAUGAAUGAUUCUGAUUUCUCUUU